UGACUUUGCAAAAUAAAAACAAUAUUUAAAAUACAAAAUCUGUAGCUGUCUCCUGAAAAUGCUGUGGUAAAAACCCUGUUUUUUGUUUUUUUUUACUUUUUAUUUAAGAAAUAAUAAUAAAAAAACAGAUUUAAUUGAAGCAUUCAAGCGCUGUUAAGGUCGCCAUGUAUCACAAGUGAGUAGUUAUGUACUGUACUGUAGCUCCUCUUCAACGCACUAGUGUGUGUGUGUGUGUGUGUGUGAUGAUUCGGGAGGUGUGUGUAGCUGCCUGACUUUCCUAAUCUCCACCACGCCCCGCCCACACAGCAGCCUCAUAUCACCGCGGCCCUGAGACAGGAGGAGACACAAACCGGGACAUCCACUGUGAGCACGAGCGCGUACACAGACACACAUACGCACUCAGACGUAUACGCUCGGGCACGCUCAGGCGCACGCACAGUCGCGCGUGCACUCGGUCCAUGCGCCACGCGCUCGGCUCGCACGUCUGUCCAAAGGAAAAGCGCGCUCUCGGGGUCUCGCGGACGCCGUUAUGGCAGCCACGCUGUUAACGGGACAUGAGGACUUUCUCCCGCUGAUGAAAGGCUUUCAGGAUGAGUCCGGUCUGUUUACCGACACCGACCACCGGGGACUGGCCAACGAAUACGCACAGGCGAAGCUUGAGAUGGACAAAUACCUGAUACCUCAGCUGCAGGAUUCCCCGGCAGUCAAGAAGCAGUGCCAGGAUAGCUCCUCUGUGGAGUUUUUCUACGAGGAACAGGGCUCUCCUUACAGUAUCAACAUGAACGUGUACCUCCCUGACAUCGCCUACUUGCGUGGCGGCCUGUGCCGCCCUACACGGCCCUCCGUACCCUGUCAGGUAAAGAACAAACCGGUGAGCUCACCCUACUCUUCGGCCCCAGACUGUUCCAUCCCUCCGGCUCUCCCUGAUUUCACCACCAUUUUCAGCUCGCCCUCGGCGCCGUGCACAAACAUGGAUGCGGGCAACGCUUCAAACGGAGUCUUCAUCAAGGAGGAGAUACCCUCUUUUGAGCUUCCCCAGGACGGGCAUCUGUUCCAGCUGCUCAGCUCGGAUCUCGAUGUUCCCAUUCAGGCCGUUUCGGACUCUCAUGCCCACGCCAUGUCGUCAGAAGUGCCCUCCUUCCAUGACCUGCACUUAGCAGCCACACAGACUGUCAACAAGCCCUACUGCGCCAUGCCAACACAUGCGUACCCGCUCAACCCGUCGGGUCACUUCUCCCAGGGCCACACGCAGGUCAAAGCACCCUACCUUCCUCCCUCACCGCCCACCUCUGAGCCGGGCAGCCCGGACCGGCAGAAAGAGAUGCUGCAUAACUUGACGCCACCGCCAUCUUACGCCGCCACUAUUGCGUCCAAACUGGCGGGGCGUAUGCCUGCUAAUCAAGGUCCCGCACCCGCACGGGCGCCCGCCCCCACCACCACUGGGGCCAUGCCUGUCCGAUACAACCGCAGGACAAACCCUGACCUUGAGAAGAGGCGGAUACACCACUGUGACUUCCCAGGUUGCAAGAAGGUUUACACCAAGUCCUCGCAUCUGAAAGCUCAUCUGAGGACGCACACUGGCGAGAAGCCAUACAGGUGCACAUGGGAAGGGUGUGACUGGAGAUUCGCUCGUUCCGACGAGCUGACGCGCCACUUCCGCAAACACACGGGAGCCAAGCCGUUCUCGUGCGCCGUGUGCAGCCGCAGCUUCUCGCGCUCCGAUCACCUCGCGCUGCACAUGAAGAGGCACCAGAACUAAUCGCUAAGCACUCGCACCGACAUGCAUUUAUAUCGGAAAUUACUGUACACACACUUGCACCCUCACACACAUACCACUGACAAUCAAAAACAUUCAUGCUUCACACUUAUUCGCACACACACUGUAAAAUGUGCAUUUGAAGAGACGCUAGAACAACACACACGUGUACCAAGACGAGCCUUCCGUACGAGGGUGAGCGUUUGCCUCUCACGUGUUCGAACAAGCUCUGAGCUCCUGACGUUAUUGCUACAACAUGGCCACGUUUUUUUCUUCUUCUUUUUUUUUAAUCGUUCUCUCACACACACUCACUCACUCUUUCUCUCUCUGUCUAUCUCUCUCCUGUUUUUUCGUCACUUUUAUACGGUACUUAAACACACAUUGGAUGGGAAAGACUCCAACACAACUCACUGCUCUGGCUUGUUAAUGCUAGCGUUUGUACGGUUAGACUACACAGAACUUUAAAAAAAUAAAUAAAUUAGUUUGUUGGCGCUCGUUCGGUGAUAAUCGUCACCCUCAUGUUAAAAAAAAUCAUAUCCUGCCAGUUAAAAGGAAAUGUGGAUUUCACAUGCUAUCUGGGAAACUUUUGCAUACAUAAACAUUUACUGUAAUUAAACAGUAAUUUACUGUAAUAAUAAUAAUAAUAAUAAUAAUAGAUUCAUCCAGCCAUCCAUCUGUCUAGGAACCUCUGUAGGGACUGUGGAGGCCAGUGGUGAUUACCAUUAUAUUUAUUCCCACUUUUUGCGACCGUGGUAUGACCUCCAUUCACACACUACAAUUAGCCUAACUUUCAUGUCUUUGAGCUGUGGGAGAGAACCGGAGGAAACCCACCAAGCACGUGGAGAACAUGCAAACUCCAUGCACACAGACCUCGAGACGGGAAUCCGAACCCGGAACCUUGAGGUGCACGGCGACAGUGCUAACCACUACACCGCCGUGCUACCUAAUCGUAAUACUACUACUACUAAUAAUAAUAAUAAUAAAAUUCACAAAUAUGUGUCCAAAAAUAGACGUCAUUUACACACCACACCUAAAACAUUUAGAUUUCAGCAACAAGAGUUCAACAAAUAGAAUUUUUAUUCCAUUCUUUAAAGACGUAACAGCUUUUUAAUCGAUUCAUUCAUAAAGAUAAAAAUAAAAAUGUUGUGAUUUCCGCAGAAUAAAGAGCCCUGACGAUGUCGUCCUUUGGACCAAAACUACACGAUCUAACCGACUUCCCCUCCAAGUGCACUUGCGUUUACUAAAGCACUUAUUACCUUCAUUCCUAAAUUUUAAUGUGACAUUCGAUUUGAUGAUUUAUUUUAUUUUUAUUUUAUUAUUAUUUUGUUUUAGGGCACAUCUGGACACCAGAAAUUGUUCCAGAUGUUUAAAAGCUUUCCCCUAGAACUCCAGAAAUCCAGUAAAAAAAACAAUUUUAGUGGCCCUUACUUACUCGACGUUAAACAUCUUCAUCUAAUAAUUGUUUUGGUUUACCCAGAAUUCCACGGGUUGUCAUGAGUCAUGGUGCACAAAGCGAGUUUUUUUUUUUUUUUUUUUUUUUUAAUGUCUGGAACUGGAAAUUACCCGAAGAUUUCUCUUUGUCUUUAAAAACUGGAAGCCGCUUUGGUUUUGCACUUGACUCAAACUGGAAACAAGUUCGAUUGUCACUGGAUCAUGUACUGUUUUAAAACUGGACUCCAAUCACUCCAUUUUAGUCCGAGACGUACUCUCUGACUGCGAGCUGACGUAUUUAUAGCUUCUGAAAGAAAGGGAUAAUAAUGUACUGCUACUGAGCUGCAAUUAUGGCCUGAAUUAUUGAACGGCCGCGUAUAAAUGGAAUGAGAGGAAUAUUAAAGCGAUGCAGACAGCUGGAUGAUUUGUACAGACUUCCUCAACACACACACACUCAAACACACAUACACACACACACACAUACACUCGAGCAUGCCGGCCAUUUUGUUCUUACUGUCACUGGUGCGUUAGCUUGAAUGUAUCAGACCGCGCACACUGUUCUGUCCAAGUAACACCGCAGGAACACAUUUCAUCUCCAAGUGCCUUCUGGGGUUUUUGUUUCUCUUAACAGGUUUUUAGAACAAACAAAAAAAAAAAAUCCUAAAUAAAACAAAGCUACGAUGUUUACUCUUGGCAGCGAUUUGGUUACCCAUGACAGCAGCCUUUUUCUAUUUUGUUAAAAGAGAAAGGGCUAUCUGGUUCUUCCUGUAAAAAAAAAAAAUAAUUAAUUAACUUAUUUAUUUCAUAGGCUUCAUGAAGUGAAAUUUGACGAAUGGGACUUUAAUUUUGUUUUUGUGUAACUAAACUACCUUAUUGUAAAUAUUUUUCAUUUUAUUGUAUAUAUUAUUUGAUUAAUUUUUAUUUUGUUGCUCUAUUUUUUUUUUUUUUUUUUAUGAAAUUGUGGGGCACCAACAUAUUACUCUGCAUCUUUGCGGUGUGUCAAAUUGUUUUUUGUUUUUUUUCCGAUGUUGUUUUCAAUAUUUUUUUUUAUUUUGUACUUAUUUUAUAGAUUCUCAGACGAUAUUUCUAAAUUCGUUGUCUUAUAAAUGACAAAAGUUGUUUUUGCCAACUGAAUGAAACAAAACCUAAUAAAAAAAAUCACAGUGACAUUUU